GAAAAAAACUCAUUUUCUCGAUGCCGGCUAGGAAACUUUCAAUGAUUUUCAGACAAUACGAGGCACCAUGACUCUAGGACUGAAAUGUAUUUGUUUACUUCUAUUCUUGUCUUCCGUUUAUGUGAUAGGAAUGUUUAUUUUUGCAAAAGGAUUUCUAUUGAAGCGUGUUGUGAUAGAAAAGAAUAGCACAUGUGCUGUGAACUUCGCUCAUCAAAAUGACCUACAUGGGGGUGAAGGGUGCUGGAUGCACAGAAGCUACAAACGGGCGAUCAUUAUUGUCAUAGAUGCAAUGAAGUACGAGUUCAUGCGCUAUGAUAACGAAUCGCUACACAAUAUUCCAUACAAAAAUAAGUUGUCUGUGAUAAACGAUUUAUUGACAACCAAACCUUUAAAUUCAAAAUUGUACAAAUUCUUAGCAGACCCUCCCACAACAACGUUACAGAGAUUAAAGGGACUGACAACAGGGAGUCUCCCCACCUUUGUUGAUGCUGGUGCUAAUUUCGCUAGUUCUGAAAUUACAGAGGAUAACUUCAUCGAUCAGCUGAUUAAACAGGGCAAGACGAUAACAUUUAUGGGAGAUGACACCUGGAUGGGCCUCUACCCUGGGCGAUUCAAAAGAGCAUUUCCUUUCCCAUCAUUCAAUGUUAAGGAUCUGCACACAGUCGAUAAUGGAAUCCUGAGAAAUCUUCUACCAGAGCUACAGAAGCCAGACUGGGAUGUGGCCAUUGCUCAUUUUCUGGGUGUAGAUCACUGUGGACAUAGAUACGGUCCUGACCAUCCGGCCAUGGCAGAAAAACUGACACAGAUGAAUGACAUGAUAGUAAAUGUGACCAAACAGAUGGCCUCUGAUACUGUGCUGUUUGUUUUUGGGGAUCACGGAAUGACAAGGACGGGGGACCACGGAGGGGACAGCAGGGAUGAACUGGAGGCUGGUCUGUUUAUGUACAGCCCCUCCCAGCUAACAUCUGUACCUGAUCAUGUAGGUUAUUAUUUACCUUAAAGUUAAUGUAGUAUUUUUGUUCUAUUAUUGAAAAACAUGUACUUAUAAAGUUCAUUAACAAUCAUUUUAAAUCUUUUCUCUCACUUUCAAACUUGGCAAACGUAUACAUCUAAAGUAGAAGGUUUAUUUCACAGUGUGAAGGCCCUGAGACUGAAUGCUCACCAGAUCAACACUUACCUACAGGAGUACUUCCAGCAUUCGUCGGACUUCCCCAUCCAGACGUACUACCAGCUGAAGAGCGUCCUCGACACGGCGGAGUCCGAGUUAAACACCCUGCUGUCGGAGUCAGUCCAGGACGGGGAAAGUUCCCUAAUGGAGGAGAAGCUGCGGAAUCUCAGAGACAAAUACACGUUCUACAUCGACAAAGUUGGGGGGACAGCGGAGGGGGUCUGGGCCCAGUUUGAUGUUAUGUCUAUGUGCAUUGGGGUCCUGACUCUGUUUUUAGCCCUGAGUGUUAAUGUUUACUUUAUAAAGAUCUCAUUUUGGUGGAAGAAGGACAUUCCCGCCACAGUUCUGGUUGUGUUCUUGGUUUCCCUGGUUUAUCUGGCAUUCGCUGUGUUUCAGUCUUUUUUUAUCGGUGAAAGCUACAGUGCAAUGAUGGUGUUUUUGAUGGGAAGUUGUCUCAUUUUUGGAGUUUCGCUGUUGAUUUAUAAUUUCAAGAGCAAGAAUCCCCUUAUUCUGAAUGCCAAAGAAGAACAUGAUUUAGGAAUUGAAUCUCUGGAGUUUGUUUUCGCUGUUUUUAUAACUUUUCUCACUUUUGUGACUUACUUCUCCAACAGCUUUGUUGUCAAUGAGGACUCUAUAACUAUGUACUUGCUUCAAUCUCUCUCAUGGAUUCUCACAUUCUUCACAUUAAAACAUGUCCUACGACUGUCUGACACACCAGUAGAUCCCAAAACAAAAAAGCAGAAGCCGCCCCGACACUUUGACAUCAUGAGAGUCCUGACCCACCCCGCCCUGGUCCUGAUUUUCCUGACCCUGGCCUGGAGUCUGUUCCUGAGACUGUCAGCGGUGUUCCGAGUGUGUCGGGAAGAACAGCACCAAUGUGAAGCCUCCGUCUUCCUGCAGCCUCUGGGAAAUCUAAACAGUCAGGAAGGGGUGAAGAAUGUCCGGUACUUCUUCACUCUGGUCUGUUUAGUCAUCAUGGUGCUAGUGAUUCGUCAGGUGAUGAAACAUUUCGGGAAUCUGAAUGGUUUCCGUCCCCCUGUGUUGGGGGUAACCUACCUCCUCCCCUUGUCUGCCCUGUUUUGCUCCCUUCACUGGGCAUUACAGGGACUCCCUCAGAAAUCUCUGGACAGCCUUCCUCCCUGGCAGCAGGUCCUCCUUCCCAGGGUAAUGUAUGUUCUGGUCGCUCUGUUCCUUUUACUUCUGAUCUAUGACCCUCUCUGUAUUUUUGUUGUGCUGAGAUCAAAACAGCUGGUUAUGGAAGACGAUAAGCAACUCAUACCCAAUAUUUACCAUCAGCUAAAACAGAAUUUGGAGGAGAAGGAAGAUAAACCUCCAUUAGUUUAUGGACUGGCCACCUCCUUUACAGCAGCCACUGUUGCUAUGGUAACUGUGGGCUUGGUGCUUCUUGGCCUGUUGCUAGGUGAUGGACUGAUGCCAAGUUUGUUGCUCGUCAUUUUUUCUGUAUAUUGCCUUCUUGAAAUCAUCGCAAUCAGAGAAACAAUAAAUUUGCCUGUGUCUCUGUGGACCAGUCUAGUCUUCCUCUGUGUGCUAGCCUCUGUUUUCUUCUACGCCACUGGUCACCAGGCAACCAUCCCAACCAUUCGCUGGGAGUCAGCAUUUAUUGGUCUCCAUGGAGAUUUCACCAACAACAUUCUGCCAGCAAUACUCAUUCACCUCAACACAUUUUCCUCUCAUGUGCUAGCAGCAGUUAUAUGCCCUUUGAUCCUAUUCUGGCCUAAAACAGGUGGACUGAUAACCCGAUGGGUCAUAGGGGUCAACAGGAAGGACAACCCUGACUGGAUUGGAGAUUUCUGUUUCCAUGACAACAAGGAAAACUUCAGAAUGCAGAUAUUCAGAAUAUACUCAUAUGUCUUUCUAUAUCAGGGAUUUAAGAUUUGUGGAUCUGUCCUUGCUGCCUUUCUACACAGAAGACACUUAAUGGUGUGGAAGAUAUUUGCUCCACGUUUUGUGUUUGAAGCAAUGACCAGUUUCACUGUUUAUGCUUUGUCUAUUGUCAUAUUCAUAUUUCUACUACGUGUAGACUCAGCACUCACAAAAUGGAUGAAAAAUUUUACAAAGAAAUAAAAUGGUUGUAACG